UGCAGAGCCAUGUUGCAGCCUCCCUCCGAGAUCUUCAUUCCGGGGACAGCACACAUCUUGGGGGACACAGGACACUGGACUACAGGGCUAGGUGCUCCUUCAUCAUGAGGCUCUCUUUCAACAUCCUCUUUAUCGGAUUCCUGCUGGCUGGACAGUGGCAGAUCUCUGGAGGACAAGCUUACCCUAAACCUUCCAUCUCAGCAGUUCCCACAAAUGUGUUCAGCCUGGGGGAAAAUAUCAUCUUACAGUGUGCAAGUAAUUACCAAGAAAUUGCAAUCUACUAUCUGCACAAAGAAAGUGGUUCACCAAGUCAUUAUUCAGUGAGCAAGAGGCGUGCAGCUGUAUUUCAGAUUGCCAAUGCCAGAAUUUCAGAUGGCGGAACAUAUACGUGUAGCUAUUGCUUCCAAUCAGGUUAUGAUCAACGGUGCUCAUAUCGUAGUGAUCCUGUCCAAGUCUACAUAAAAGGACAGCUGUAUCCCAAGCCUUCCAUCGCAGUGAAUUCAGCUGAAAUGCUUGCCGAGGAGGGGAAUGUCAAAAUCAGCUGCAAGGCAGAAAACAACUUACUACCACAAUGGCUCUUCUUUUUGUAUAUACAAAUGGGUGCAAAUAGGCAGCAGAAAAAACUGACAGAGAAAAUAGCAACCAAGGAGGCUGUAUUUGCCUUUAACAAUGCCCAAGAAUUCCAAGGGGGUCUCUACCAAUGUAGAUAUUGCUUCAUAACAGCCUUCGCUGAACUGUGCUCAGGUUUCAGUGACAGCCGACGCAUCAACAGAAUAAAUCCCAGCCUGUCCAAACCCUCCAUCAAAGUGCUGCCCAACAAACAUAUUUCCCCAGGACAGAAUAUCACCAUCGAGUGCCAGGGGCCAGAAAAGGGUCUGAACUUCUCCCUAUACAAAUCCGGGGAACUGAUAACAUCGCAGGUGGUGGAGUCAGAGGGAAACAGAGCCGAGUUCCCUUUCCUCAACGUGGAGUCGGAAGAUGAAGGAAACUACACCUGCCAAUAUCACCGCUGGGGAAAUCCCUUUGCCUGGUCAGAGACAAGUAAUGCCACGGAGCUGGUUGUAAGAGAUAUGCCUGAGGAAUCCCAGACAAUAAUAUGGGCAAGCAUUGCAGCAGGCCUCCUCCUCUUCCUCCUCCUCCUCCUGUUUAUAUUUGUACUGUACAGGAAAAGAAGAAAAGGUUCCAUGGCCAAUGAAAUGCCUCAGACAAUGAACACGGCCCCAGAACCUUACCGAGAAGCAGACCCUGCUGAAGUCUCCUAUGCUGUAUUGAAACACAACUCACUGAGGACCAAGCGAGCAGCUGCUCCUGCCAUAAUACCCCAACCUUGUGUCUAUGCAACCCUGGCCCAUGAUAAUGUCAGGGAGGGCCGGUAGGCAAGACUUUAUGGAGAUGCUGCAUAUGCCCCGAGUUCUGGGGUCAAACAUUUUAAGGCUGCUUCAUGUGUAUAAGCGCUGUUUAUUUUAUCCACACAAUCACAAGUGUGAAUGUCAGGUGUCAUGGGGAGCUAGCCAGUGGUCAAAAGCUGUGGCAUCUGUUACAGUGGUCAGAGAGUUUUUUCACUCUGCAAUUUUGACUUUAUGCUCUAUCCCUGGAAUUAAACCCAUGUGUAAGUUGAGAGUAGACUGUAUUACAUGUGUCUAUGUUAUUUAAAAGCAGAUAAAGAUCCACAUAUGGGUGUUGGGCUGAGAGAAAGAGCCUACAGCAGCUGGAUUCCAUUCCAGUUCCCCACAAAUUCCAUUUAAAGUGAACACCCACCUUUUUCAUAGCCAAAUUAACGCACAAAAAUGGAAUGCCGCUUAUCCAGACUGAAUUAGAGCCACAAGAUACAUGGUAGUCAUUGGAUCUCAUAGGUAUGGAAUUUUUCUUUCUUAUACAUAUAAAACAGUGCUUUAAUUUAGAGUGUGCUUUUGUUGUACUUUAGGUAGCGUCCAAUAUAAAAUGCCUGCCUUAUUGUGGCAGGCAUUUUAUUGUGUGGUUACCAAUUUCAAUUGUCAACAACAACAAAAAAUUCACAAGAUGCUUUGGUGCAGAAGAAACACCUCUUCUCUGGCAGCAGAUGCACCUUUGGACACAAAACAAAGAAAAGCUAAACAGCUUUUCAAAUGGUCCAAUGGCACCCUCUAAUGGACUACUCCGGGAUAACAGGGCUGUUUGUAUUCGGGUGCCCAUCUUAUUUAUAACUUGAAAGCCGAGAAGCCAACAGAAAUAUUUGCAUUGUUAUGAGUUUGAGAGUGCCAGACACCUAUAAUCUCUGGAUCCAGCAAGUGUUAGAAUUUAAUCAAGCCUCCUGAACUCCUGGAUCCAGCAAGUGUUAAAAUAUAAGCCAUGCUAGGAGUGGACUAUGGGAUGCAGGUGGCGUUGUGGGUUAAACCACAGAGCCUAGGGCACGGGUGUCAAACACAAGGCCCGGGGGCCAAAUCCGGCCCGCCAGACCUUGUCAUGUGGCCCGCCAAGCGCCCCAGCCAGCGGGACCCAGCAGUGGGACCUUGCUGCUGAAGCGCCGUGCCAACAAAGCGCCGACAAACAGCUGGGGCUGGGGAAAUGCUUUAUGCCCCUGGGUCCCUUCGCGCUCUUUUCUGGCGCUGAAUCAAGGCGGCGACCCCCCUUCCCUUUCUUUCUUCCUCUCUCUCGUUCUUAUUCUUUCUUUCCCUCUCCUUCCUUCCUUCUUUAUCUCUGUCUUCUCUCCCUCUUUCUUUUUCUUUCCUUCUUUAUUCCUUCUUUCCUACUCUUCUUUCUCUCACCUCUUUCCUUCCUCUCUCCCUCCUGCUCCCUCUUUUCUUUCUUUCUUCCUUCCUUCCU